CCCCGCCGGAGGGAGGCGGACCCGCGCGGGGCCCGCCGCCCGCGCCGCCGCCGCCGAAACCCGGCCGCUGCGCGCCCCGACCUUCUGCGCCGGCCGCCGCGGCUGCCCUCGCCGCGCCCCCACGCCCCGGCCGCCGCCCCCGCCCCGCGCGCCCCGCGCGCUCCGGCCCGGGGAGGGGCUCCAACGACCCCGCGCUUGGCGGGGGGCGCCAGGGACUCCCGGGUCGCCUGCCCCGCGCCGCCUCGCCCUCCUCCCUCUUUCUUCGGGCAGCCUCCCCCCCCAACUUCAGCCUCCCCCACUCUUGCCGCCUCCAUAUCCUCAAGCUCCGGUGGCGCUGGGGGGCUUCUCGGAUCGGCAGGAUGUACCCCCAGGGAAGGCACCCGACCCCGCUCCAAUCCGGCCAGCCAUUCAAGUUCUCGAUCUUGGAGAUCUGCGACCGCAUCAAAGAGGAAUUCCAGUUUCUCCAGGCUCAGUACCACAGCCUCAAGCUAGAAUGUGAGAAGCUGGCCAGCGAGAAGACGGAAAUGCAGAGACAUUAUGUGAUGUAUUAUGAGAUGUCUUAUGGACUCAACAUUGAAAUGCAUAAGCAGGCGGAGAUUGUAAAGCGCCUGAGUGGUAUCUGCGCUCAGAUUAUCCCCUUCCUGACCCAGGAGCAUCAGCAGCAGGUACUCCAGGCUGUAGAGCGUGCCAAGCAGGUCACCGUGGGGGAGCUGAACAGCCUCAUCGGGCAGCAGCAGCUCCAGCCGCUGUCCCACCACGCCCCUCCCGUGCCCCUCACCCCCCGCCCAGCCGGGCUGGUGGGCAGCAGUGCCACGGGGUUGCUCGCCCUGUCCGGAGCCCUGGCUGCCCAGGCUCAGCUGGCUGCGGCUGUCAAGGACGAUCGUGUGGGCGCGGAGGCCGAGGGGUCCAGAGUGGAGAGAGCCCCGAGCAGGAGUGCGUCUCCCUCGCCCCCCGAGAGUCUGGUGGAGGAGGAGCGACCCAGUGCCCCCGGUGGUGGUGGGAAGCAGAGAGCCGAUGAGAAGGAGCUGUCAGGACCUUAUGAGAGUGAUGAGGACAAGAGUGAUUACAACCUGGUGGUGGAUGAGGACCAACCCUCAGAGCCCCCCAGCCCGGCUACCACCCCCUGUGGAAAGGCACCCAUCUGUGUUCCUGCCCAUCGGGACCUGGUGGAUAGUCCAGCCUCCUUGGCCUCAAGUCUCGGCUCACCGCUCCCCAGAGCCAAGGAGCUCAUCCUGAAUGACCUUCCUGCCAGCACUCCUGCCUCCAAGUCCUGUGACUCCUCCCCACCCCAGGACGCGUCCACCCCGGGGCCCAGCUCGGCCAGUCACCUCUGCCAGCUCGCCGCCAAGCCAGCGCCUUCCACAGACAGCAUCGCCCUGAGGAGCCCCCUGACUCUGUCCAGUCCCUUCACCACGUCGUUCAGCCUAGGCUCCCACAGCACCCUCAAUGGAGACCUCUCCGUGCCCAGCUCCUACGUCAGCCUCCACCUGUCCCCACAGGUCAGCAGCUCUGUGGUAUACGGACGCUCCCCCAUGAUGGCAUUUGAGUCUCACCCGCAUCUCCGAGGGUCAUCCGUCUCUUCCUCGCUACCCAGCAUUCCCGGGGGAAAGCCGGCCUACUCCUUCCACGUGUCUGCAGACGGGCAGAUGCAGCCGGUGCCUUUCCCCUCGGAUGCACUGGUGGGCGCGGGCAUCCCACGGCACGCCCGGCAGCUGCACACGCUGGCACACGGCGAGGUGGUCUGUGCGGUCACCAUCAGCGGCUCCACGCAGCACGUGUACACGGGUGGCAAGGGCUGUGUGAAGGUGUGGGACGUGGGCCAGCCUGGGGCCAAGACACCUGUGGCCCAGCUCGACUGCCUGAACCGAGACAACUACAUUCGCUCCUGCAAGUUGCUGCCGGAUGGCCGGAGUCUGAUCGUGGGCGGGGAAGCCAGCACCUUGUCCAUUUGGGACCUGGCAGCGCCCACCCCCCGUAUCAAGGCCGAGCUGACCUCCUCGGCCCCAGCCUGCUACGCCCUAGCCGUCAGCCCCGACGCCAAGGUUUGCUUCUCCUGCUGCAGCGAUGGCAACAUUGUGGUCUGGGACCUGCAGAACCAGACGAUGGUCAGGCAGUUCCAGGGCCACACGGAUGGCGCCAGCUGUAUUGACAUUUCUGAUUAUGGCACUCGGCUCUGGACAGGGGGCCUGGACAACACGGUGCGCUGCUGGGACCUGCGGGAGGGCCGCCAGCUGCAGCAGCAUGACUUCAGCUCCCAGAUUUUCUCCCUGGGCCACUGUCCUAACCAGGACUGGCUGGCGGUCGGAAUGGAGAGUAGCAACGUGGAGAUUCUGCACGUCCGUAAGCCGGAGAAGUACCAGCUGCACCUGCACGAGAGCUGCGUCCUGUCCCUCAAGUUCGCCUCCUGCGGACGGUGGUUUGUGAGCACAGGCAAGGACAACCUGCUGAACGCCUGGAGGACGCCGUAUGGCGCCAGCAUUUUCCAGUCUAAGGAAUCGUCCUCCGUCUUGAGCUGUGACAUCUCCAGGAAUAACAAAUACAUCGUGACAGGCUCGGGGGACAAGAAGGCCACCGUGUACGAGGUGGUCUACUGAGACCCCCCCACGUUCCUGCAACCCGAAGUCCAGACUCCUAGGGGAAGCAGCUCCGGGACAGGCACCCAGCAGGCGUCUCCCCGCCCUGCCUGUGAGCUCUUCGUACCAUCUGCUCUCUGGCCAGUGGGUUCACUCCUGCUGCAUGUGGGGGCCGCUGGGCAGACGGGGCCUUGGGGGAAAUAAAUGUAUUUAUCACAU